GGUCCAGCGCGUCCCCCGGCGAGGCUCACUGCGCUUGCGCUGAGAGACGCAAGAUGGCGGACAGUGCGGAACUAAAGCAAAUGGUUAUGAGCCUUAGAGUUUCUGAACUCCAAGUACUGUUGGGCUACGCUGGGAGGAACAAGCACGGACGCAAACACGAACUUCUCACAAAAGCCCUGCAUUUGCUAAAGGCUGGUUGUAGCCCUGCUGUACAAAUGAAAAUUAAAGAACUCUACAGGCGGCGGUUCCCCCAGAAAAUUAUGACGCCUGCGGACUUGUCUAUCCCCAACGUACAUUCAAGUCCUAUGCCAGCAACUUUGUCUCCAUCCACCAUUCCACAGCUCACUUAUGAUGGUCACCCUGCAUCUUCACCAUUACUCCCUGUUUCUCUUCUGGGACCUAAACAUGAACUGGAACUCCCACAUCUUACAUCAGCUCUUCAUCCAGUCCAUCCGGAUAUAAAACUUCAAAAGCUACCAUUUUAUGACUUACUGGAUGAACUGAUAAAACCUACCAGUCUAGCAUCAGACAACAGUCAGCGCUUUCGAGAAACCUGCUUUGCAUUUGCCUUGACACCUCAACAAGUGCAGCAGAUCAGUAGUUCCAUGGAUAUUUCUGGGACCAAGUGUGACUUCACAGUGCAGGUCCAAUUAAGGUUUUGUUUAUCGGAAACCAGUUGUCCACAAGAAGACCACUUCCCACCCAAUCUGUGUGUGAAAGUGAAUACAAAACCUUGCAGCCUUCCAGGCUACCUGCCACCUACUAAAAAUGGUGUGGAACCAAAGCGACCCAGCCGACCAAUUAAUAUCACUUCACUCGUCCGAUUAUCUACGACAGAAAACAUUAAGCAAAUAAGUAGUGAUAGUAAGGGUUGGUUUACCCCCAAAAGAAUGUACCAGUUCUUUACUAGAUUGACCUAUUCCAUGGCAGUAUAUCUUGUAAAACAGUUGUCCUCAACAGUUCUUCUUCAGAGGUUACGAGCAAAGGGAAUAAGGAAUCCGGAUCAUUCUAGAGCUUUAAUUAAAGAGAAAUUAACUGCAGACCCAGACAGUGAAAUAGCUACGACCAGCCUACGGGUUUCUCUCCUGUGUCCACUUGGUAAAAUGCGGCUGACAAUUCCAUGUCGAGCCCUUACGUGUUCUCACCUGCAGUGUUUUGAUGCAACUCUUUAUAUUCAAAUGAAUGAGAAAAAACCAACCUGGGUUUGUCCUGUCUGUGAUAAGAAGGCUCCAUAUGAACACCUUAUUAUUGAUGGGUUGUUUAUGGAAAUCCUAAAGUUCUGUACAGAUUGUGAUGAAAUACAGUUUAAAGAGGAUGGUUCGUGGGCACCAAUGAGAUCAAAAAAAGAGGUGCAGGAAGUCUCUGCCUCAUACAAUGGAGUUGAUGGAUGCUUGAGCUCCACUUUGGAGCAUCAGGUGGCUUCACACAACCAGUCCUCAAAUAAAAACAAGAAAGUAGAGGUGAUUGACCUCACCAUAGACAGUUCAUCUGAUGAAGAGGAAGAAGAACCCUCUGCCAAGAGGACUUGCCCUUCCCUGUCUCCUACAUCACCACUAAACAAUAAAGGCAUUUUGAGUCUUCCUCAUCAAGCAUCUCCUGUGUCCCGCACCCCCAGCCUUCCUGCUGUAGAUACAAGCUACAUUAACACCUCCCUCAUCCAAGACUACAGGCACCCUUUCCACAUGACACCCAUGCCUUAUGACUUGCAAGGAUUAGAUUUCUUUCCUUUCUUAUCAGGAGACAAUCAGCAUUACAACACCUCGCUGCUCGCUGCAGCAGCAGCAGCAGUGUCGGAUGAUCAAGACCUCCUGCACUCGUCCCGGUUUUUCCCAUAUACCUCCUCACAGAUGUUUCUCGAUCAGUUAAGUGCAGGAGGAAGCACUUCUCUGCCAACCACCAAUGGAAGCAGUAGUGGCAGCAACAGCAGCCUUGUGUCUUCCAACAGCCUGAGGGAAAGCCAUAGCCACGGCGUGGCCAGCAGGAGCAGCGCAGACACAGCGUCCAUCUUUGGCAUCAUGCCAGACAUUAUAUCAUUGGACUGACUCCCUUGCCCUGCUGUACUCACCCCAGCCCAGAGUAAAUGAACUUGGCCGAAGAAGAGAACUUUGUGCUGUUUUACCUUAUUCUGUUUCGAGAAGUACACAAGCGUGUGGUUUUUUUUUUUUUUUUUUUUUCCUUUUUUUAGGGAAAAAAAAAUUAAAAGAAAUGUACAGAGAACAAAACUAUAUUUUCAGUUUUACUUUUGUAUAUAAAUCUAAGACUGCCUGUCUGAUAAAACACUUGUUUAAAAAAAAAAAAAAAAAAAAAAAGAAAAAAAAAAAAAAAAAAACAAAAAAAAACACCUUCAGUACAUUUUCCUGGAUUCUGAAGAUUUUGUUUUCGUCAUUUGUCCUAUGGUUUUGGUUUUAUCUUACUUUAAUGGCAUUAUUUUAUUUGCAAUAACAAAUGGAAUUGCAUGUAUGGUUUUAAAUUGUGGGCUUUGUUGUGGGGAGGGGGUCAAGGGUUGUUUUGAUUUCCAUUUUUUAAAAAAGACAGACUUGGGUUCUGUUUGUGUGUACGCAUAUUUUACCAGCCUUAAGUUAUGAAUCUCAUGUGUCCCGCUGCAUUCCCUAUGUGUCCUUGGGACACAGCUCGUGGGUGGGUGUGUUCAGUGUGUGUGCCUGUAUGUAUGUUCUAUCACCACUGCCCCCUCUCCGCCUGAGUUUGCAUUCAGUUAAUAUAUCAGUUGCCUGCUUCUUUCACAGUGCUUCAAAGGUCUUGAACUCAUGUAUGAGCAUCUUUAUCAACUCUCCUGGAUGCAUGUUCUCCAUCACAGCUUCUCUGUGAUUUGCUAGAUACCCCUUAAGAGUGUGUCUCCCAGAAGUGUUAGAGGAAAGCUGUCUGGGGAGCAGCUGGUCAGCAGGCCUUCUGAAUCUGGAUUGCCAGUAUUUUGUAUUUAAGUCAAGGCUGUGAGUACCUGCUCUUGUGGCCACAGGGUAACGAGUUUCCUUUGAAACUCUUCAUACCAAAGGAGGAUACGGAAGCAGUCCCGGAAGCCCUGUUGUGUCAUGCAGCUGACACAGGAAAAAUUGCAUCACCUCAAAAAGAUAAAAGAAUUACUCCAAACGUAAUGCUGUUUGGAAAAUGCAGUGCAGCCCCUGUCAGAUAGAUGUGGAGCUGUAGAAAUCUAUUUGAUAAUCAGUUGAAACACAAAAAAUAUGUUUGGACUUAAUUUUUUCAGGUUCUUAGUGUGUAUGCAUCUUAGCCCUGUUGAGUUUUUUUCUCCCCUUGGCCUUUAAUGACAAGCAUGAUAUAGGAAGUCAUUUUUUAAAAUUCAAGAAUCAGUCGGUCCUAUCUACUCUUACUAACAGAACAUGUAAAUAUAUCAAAACUGUUCUUCAGGAGAUGACUAGGGUCAGAAGGAAGGGAAAGAGCUUCUAUUCAGAAGCUUCAUCAGAGAAGGCACGUGUUCUCUGGGGUGGACAAUAGAUGGGCCUAACAGGAGAAAAGGGGUAAGUGGUCACCAGUGUCCAGAGUGGGUUUUUAUGUUACAAUCAUUAAUGUUCUCAGAGUUGAUAAAGGACCACCUUUGUGCAUAAACCUGUUGUAAAACCUUUCACCCAUACCAGAAGGACCUAUUUUAAUCCAGGUAUAUUCCAAGAUGGCUAUAUCUUCUGUUGUAUAAUAAAUUAAGUGGUUCACAUGACAGUGUGAUAUCUAAAAACAGUAAGUUUUUUUUCAUAGCAUCUCUCUGCUACUAAAUUGUCGACUUGAAUUUUGAAAAAAGUUGGUGUUGAUAUGUAUAUGUGUGUGUGUAUAUAUGUAUUUAUAAACAAGUACGUGUGAGUAACAAGCGAGUUAUAUUGUCUUCCCCUGUGCAUGUGUAUUCCACACAGAAAUGGCUGAAUUAUAGUCACAGAACAAUUUGCAAUAAAACAAGGCAUUCACUGUCAGUUCAAACUAGAAAUAGUUAUGUUUUUAAGAUUUCUCUUUGCCAUAUUGAUUUAGGCUAAUUUCAGGUAGCGCUGUAAUUUGUGUCUAAAUUAGGGCUAAGGUCGAGAUUACUAAAAUUGUAGGUAUUGUUUCUGUUAACAUUGCAAUAGGAAACAUUUCUGCUAAUUGGAUAGUUUAUUCUAGGGUGGUGGGCUUUUUUGUUGGGUUGGGUUUGUUUUUUUUUUUUUUUUCCUGUUAUUAUUGUUCAUAGUCUCAGAAUUCUGAUCAAUCGUUCUGUGUAUGAUGCUGAAUUACAAACUCUUGGAAUGAUCCAGUUGAAAGCCUGGCCCUCUGUUUUCUUCAGCCCAGUUUCAGAGGGGCCUGCUUUCCAUCUGUGUCCUGCAUUGUACCAACCUAAGGGAAAAGUAGGUAAUAGGGUCAGUGUCUGUCCAGUGCUUUGGUCAUGUCCCUAGGGGAGAACUGACUGCUCAGUUGUCUUCUCAUUUUAGUUCAUUCCACUUUGUGAGGAGUUCACUUCUCUAGUUGUUGACUUUCUAAAGUGUUGCAUUAAGUAAUAGUUACCAAACUCUGUUGACCUGUGGUCAGCAUCAGACGUCUCGAUCUUUAAUAGUUAUUAGUGGAGCCUUGCACUACAUCUUUAUUUCCUAAGUUGAAAAGAAACCGUGCAUGGUCACUUUGUCUCUUACUUUUUUCCUCAGCCCACCCUCACUCCCCAGCCCUACCAGCAUGGUUGUGCUGCACAGGUAGCAUUCUUGCAUCUUUGAGCACGUUGUCAGCAGUCCCUGCAUCGGUCUUCACCAGUGUGCACACCUGUGUUCUGUACAGUACUGUAUGUGUGCCCAUGUGUGUUAGAUGCACACAUCACUGAUAAAAUUGCUGUUGGACUAGCAGGGUGGAGGGGGCUUUUAAUAUGUGGGCAUUAUUGGACACAUCUUUUUAGAAAAAAAUCUGAAACCUAACCAUGCCAUACUUGGUUGACUAAUUUAUUUUGAGCAUUAAAGUUUUCCUAUUACUAGUUUAGAUAUUAUCGUACUUCUACAUUACUGAUUUAAAAAUUCACUUAAGUUUCUGAAAAAUGUGUUGCUGGGUUUUCUUUUUGGGUAGACUUUCCUUUGAGACAAGUGUGAAUGAAAAUAUAUCCCAUUGUAAAUGAAUAAAUGUAGAAAGAACAUUGUUUUUAAAGCAGUUUUGAUUUUAAAUACAUAAAACUUUCAGGAUCUUCAGGACUUUUAAAAGCACAUUCAAAUUUAUUUUAGUAAGAGUUUUGUUUUAUGGAUAUAUGUUGAAUUCUGUUUUGUUUUUUAAUUAAACAGAAAACUUAGAUUUCAGAAAGAGAGAGGGAGGCUAGCUGGUGGUCCCAGAGUGUGCUGCUGCUGUUUAAUUAACAGAAGAGAAAAUGUAUAUAAACAGAUAAAAGCUACCAUUAAUUCCAUGAACUUAAAUCUGUGAUUCAUUGCCUUAAAACUUUCUCUCAGAAUCUCUACACCGCAUGCCAAACCAGUAAAAUGGCUUCAAAAUGUAUAGUAGACCAAUGUCGGUUUGUAUAAAAGUACCAAGUGAAAAUAUUUAUUACAUGCAUUGGAAAAAAAAUUGUUUACCUAUUGAAUGUUACCUGUUUAUGUAGAGCUCUUUAGAUGUAAUAAAAGCCUUCAGUUAA